GCAAUACUCUUGGGGUUGCUUUGACGAGGCCAGUCAUGCUUGUCAGUGCACCGUGUCCGAGCGAGCCUGCGACACAGCGGCGGGCAAAUUCUGGGCACAUGAGUGCUGGUCCUGCUGCCACGGCUCUGCUUGGGGCUGCUUCGUACCGGGAAAUGGCCCAGAGUCCGGCUGCCACUGCAACCUCUACGAGGGUGCGUGCGCCCUUGACUUUCCUGACGCAACUUGGUCCCACCAGUGCUUCGAGUGCGAAGAGGAUUCCGUGCAGAAGGAUGCGGAGGCGGCUAUGGACGAUGGGGGAGUCGGGGUUGCCGUGGCCGUGUCCGUUUCCGUCACAGUCGUUGUGAUUGCUGCAUGCAUUGGCAUCUACUGCCUCUGGGCCAAGAUGAGGAAGCCAAAGCCGGUGAACGAGCCGUACAACAGCCCUCAGUUCAAUCAGUCAGACGUGGUGGUGGGCCUCGCUGUGUCGGGUUCGGCUCCAUCCCCGGCCUGGGAGGUUUUGGAGGGCUACCACGCCAAGGGCGUCCUGAAAGCCAUCGGCGUGAGCAACUUCAACAAGUCUGCUCUGGACUGGGCCGUGGAGUUCUCGGCACAAAUGGGCAAGUUGGCUUGGUUGGCUUGGGUUUGGGAGUCACUGAUGAAGACGGCCAAGGUGAAACCUGCUGUGAACCAGAUUGAGCUGAACGUCUUGGAGUACGAUGCCGAGGCAUUGGCGUACGCUGAGUCCUUGAACAUUACUGUGGAAGCCUACUCUCCCGUCGGUCGCAGUGGCCAUUCUGGAGACAUCAGUGGCAACAAGGUCAUCCAGGGUGUUGCUGCCAACCACAACAUCAGCACCUAUCAGGUUGCCUUGAAGUGGAUCGUUCAGCAUGGGCGGCUCUUGACCUUUCAGUCGAGCUCAAGUGCACACCAGGCCUGA